GCUUAGAACUUGCUAACCUUCCUGAAAAAUAUAAAGAGCGUAUGCUCGAAAGGAGAAGGACUCAUGGAACUCGUAGGACAACGUUUAGAAAUUUUAAAAUAACUUUACCCCCUAAAGUUAAAAUAAGCAAUGAUAUAAACAGCGACGACGAAGACGAAGACGAAGAUGACGAGCAAAUAGGCAAGAUUUUAAUUUCAUUAUGA